UUAAAAGGGACUGCCGGUUUCCCUGCAAUCUUUUACAGGGUGAGCAGAGCUAUAUCCACUGAUAACCCAGCUGCCGAGGAACUGAGUAAAGCCGGCUCCAAACUUCUCAGCUGUUGACAGGCUCGACUUGCUGAGAACACUGGUUAAAUAUAGCACGCGCAAGCCAGCUCCUCAACAAAGUCAUUGCUCUGACGGUGUUGUGAAGGGAGCAGAAGACGAGAAACCUAAUCUCAGAACCCAACAACACCUAGCAACAGUUGAAAAAACUUUUAAACAAAAGUCUGGGUGGGAGAUAUACAACAGCCUCCAAUUUCUGCUGAUCGGGAUUUCAGGGAGAAGAAGCUGCUUUCCCCUUCUCUCAGUUUCCUGCAUGACUUCAGCUAUUGGCUAGUCCUGGGAGAGAAAGUGGGAAAAGCUUUUUCCUCUGUAUUCUUUUGGGCUGGAUAGUUUUCCAGGACUCCAGUCUCUCUUGGGCUGUGGGACAAGCCACUGAUUCUUCAAAGGAUAAACUACCUCCAUACAGGACAUACCCUUGGUUAAACGAGCUGCCAUCAGGUGGGGAUGAGAUCCAGAAACCAGGGUGGUGAAAGUUCAUCCAAUGGGCAUCUCUCCUGCCCUAAAUCCUCCAUCAUCAGCAAUGUUGAUGAUAAAAGUCUCUCAGAAGAUGCAAAAAAGAAGAACAAGUCAAAUAGAAAGGAGGAUGAUGUCAUGGCCUCAGGAACUAUCAAACGACACCUAAAACCAUCUGGAGAAAGUGGAAAAAAGAAUAAGAAAUCCUUGGAGUUAUCCAAAGAAGACCUCAUCCAGCUACUCAGUAUAAUGGAAGGAGAGUUGCAGGCCAGGGAAGAUGUGAUCCACAUGCUGAAGACGGAGAAAACCAAGCCUGAGGUUCUGGAAGCUCAUUACGGGUCUGCGGAGCCAGAGAAAGUGCUGCGGGUCCUGCACCGAGACGCCAUCCUAGCUCAGGAGAAAUCCAUAGGAGAAGAUGUCUAUGAGAAACCAAUUUCAGAGCUGGACAGACUUGAGGAGAAACAGAGAGAAACCUACAGGCGCAUGUUAGAGCAACUCUUGCUGGCAGAGAAGUGUCACAGGCGCACAGUGGACGAGUUAGAAAACGAGAAGCACAAGCACACUGACUACAUGAACAAGAGCGACGACUUCACCAACCUGCUGGAGCAGGAGCGGGAGAGGUUGAAAAAGCUCCUUGAACAAGAAAAGGCUUACCAAGCCCGCAAAGAAAAAGAAAAUGCUAAGAGGCUCAAUAAACUAAGAGAUGAGCUUGUGAAACUUAAGUCCUUUGCACUCAUGCUGGUGGAUGAAAGACAAAUGCAUAUUGAGCAACUUGGCCUGCAAAGUCAGAAAGUGCAGGAUCUUACUCAGAAACUGAGGGAAGAAGAAGAAAAGCUCAAAGCCAUUACUUCCAAAUCCAAAGAAGACAGGCAGAAAUUGCUCAAGUUAGAAGUGGAUUUUGAAAACAAGGCUUCGAGGUUUUCCCAAGAGCAUGAAGAGAUGAAUGCCAAGUUGGCUAAUCAAGAAUCUCACAACAGACAACUGAGACUCAAGCUGGUUGGCUUAACUCAAAGAAUCGAGGAGCUAGAAGAGACCAACAAAAAUCUGCAAAAGGCAGAAGAAGAACUUCAGGAAUUAAGAGAUAAAAUUGCAAAAGGGGAAUGUGGCAACUCCAGCCUCAUGGCAGAAGUGGAAAAUCUCCGGAAGCGCGUGCUUGAAAUGGAGGGUAAAGAUGAGGAGAUCACUAAAACUGAAUCCCAGUGCAGGGAAUUGAAGAAGAAGUUGCAAGAGGAAGAACAUCAUAGUAGGGAACUCAAACUUGAAGUUGAGAAGUUACAAAAGAGAAUGUCUGAACUGGAGAAAUUGGAAGAAGCAUUUAGCAAGAGUAAAUCUGAAUGCACCCAGCUACACCUAAAUCUGGAGAAAGAAAAGAACUUAACCAAAGACUUGCUAAAUGAACUGGAGGUGGUUAAGCGUCGAGUUAAAGAACUGGAAUGUUCUGAAAGUAGAUUGGAAAAGGUUGAAUUAAGCCUAAAAGAUGAUCUUACAAAGUUGAAGUCAUUUACUGUGAUGCUGGUUGAUGAAAGGAAAAAUAUGAUGGAAAAAAUAAAGCAAGAAGAGAGAAAAGUGGAUGGACUCAAUAAAAAUUUUAAGGUGGAGCAAGGAAAGGUUAUGGAUGUAACUGAAAAACUAAUUGAAGAAAGUAAGAAGCUCUUAAAACUGAAAUCUGAAAUGGAGGAAAAAGUAUACAGUUUAACAAAAGAGAGAGAUGAGUUAAUAGGCAAACUGAAAAGUGAAGAAGAAAAGUCAUCUGAAUUAAGCUGCAGUGUUGACUUAUUAAAGAAGAGACUUGAUGGGAUAGAGGAAGUGGAAAGAGAAAUAACCAGAGGAAGGUCUCGAAAAGGACCUGAGCUCUCCUGCCCAGAAGAUAACAAGAUUAAGGAACUCACACUUGAAAUUGAGAGACUGAAGAAACGUCUCCAACAACUGGAGGUGGUCGAAGGGGAUUUGAUGAAGACGGAGGAUGAGUAUGAUCAGCUGGAGCAGAAAUUUAGAACUGAGCAGGAUAAGGCUAAUUUCCUCUCUCAGCAACUGGAGGAGAUAAAACACCAAAUUGCCAAGAAUAAAGCCAUAGAGAAAGGUGAGGCUGUGAGCCAGGAAGCUGAGCUGAGACACAGAUUUCGGUUGGAAGAGGCUAAAAGUCGAGACUUAAAAGCUGAAGUACAAGCUCUUAAGGAGAAGAUUCAUGAAUUAAUGAACAAAGAAGAUCAGCUUUCUCAGCUCCAAGUGGAUUAUUCUGUCCUUCAACAAAGGUUUAUGGAGGAAGAAAAUAAGAACAAAAACAUGGGACAAGAGGUCCUCAAUCUGACCAAAGAGUUGGAGCUUUCUAAGCGUUACAGCAGGGCUCUGAGACCCAGUAUGAAUGGAAGAAGAAUGGUAGAUAUUCCUGUGACCUCCACGGGAGUCCAGACUGAUGCUGUCAGCAGUGACGCUACAGAGGAGGAAACACCUGCAGUAUUUAUACGGAAAUCCUUCCAAGAAGAAAAUCAUAUCAUGAGUAAUCUUCGACAGGUGGGGUUGAAAAAACCUAUGGAACGGUCCUCUGUCCUAGAUAGGUAUCCUCCAGCAGCCAAUGAGCUCACUAUGCGAAAGUCUUGGAUUCCAUGGAUGAGAAAAAGGGAAAAUGGUCCUUCAAUCAUUCAAGAGAAAGGGCCACGAACAAGUUCCAGUCCUGGGCACCCAGGAGAGCUGGUUCUUUCACCAAAGCAGGGCCAGCCCCUGCAUAUCCGAGUGACGCCAGAUCAUGAGAACAGCACUGCGACUUUGGAGAUAACAAGCCCAACAUCUGAAGAAUUUUUCUCUAGUACCACUGUCAUUCCUACAUUAGGGAAUCAGAAACCAAGGAUAACCAUCAUCCCAUCACCAAAUGUGAUGUCUCAAAAAACAAAAAGUGGAGAUAGUACUCUCGGUACAGAACGAGCCAUGUCCCCAGUCACAAUUACCACGUAUUCCAGAGAGAAAACCCCAGACAGCGGAAGAGGUGCAUUUGCGGACCGGCCCACAUCCCCCAUUCAGAUAAUGACAGUGUCGACAUCGGCUGCCCCAGCUGAGAUUGCAGUCUCUCCUGACUCCCAGGAAAUGCCCAUGGGAAGGACUGUUCUCAAAGUUACCCCAGAAAAACAGACUGUUCCCACUCCUGUACGGAAAUACAACUCCAAUGCCAAUAUCAUAACCACAGAAGACAAUAAAAUUCACAUUCAUUUAGGUUCUCAGUUUAAACGAUCCCCUGGGACUUCAGCAGAAGGAGCAAAUCCAGUUAUUACUGUCCGACCUGUCAAUGUGACAGCUGAAAAGGAGGUUUCCACUGGCACUGUCCUUCGCUCUCCCAGGAACCAUCUCUCCUCACGACCUGGUGCAAACAAAGUGACAAGCACUAUCACCAUAACACCAGUCACAACCUCAUCUACUCGAGGAACCCAGUCAGUGUUAGGACAAGACGGGUCAUCCCAGCGGCCUACACCCACCCGCAUUCCUAUGUCAAAAGAAAGCAUCAUCAUUCACCAGUUGCGUAUGAACUCCAGAUGAAAUGGUAAACCAAGCACAUUUUGGGUGUGUGUACUUCCUCUGAAUCCCUGUUGAAUGGAUAGUAUUUCUACAGCUCUCCAUCAUCACUAAGGUCUUCUGUGCUACUGAUCACUACUGAAAAUAAUUUUCUACUUCCAGUGAAUUUUUUGAGGCUAUAAUGUAAAAGCCGAAAACAACAUAGCUGAUAACACAAAAAUAGGUUGCAAGAGUGACUAAAUCUUUGUGUCAAAAGAAAUUUCCUUUUGAAAAGCUUUCAGGUCCAUGGGCACAUGUUAUGUAAUUUAUUUUUAUAAUACACUUUGUAAUGUGAUUUUUUCCUAAGGUAUUUCCUUUUUCAUAGUCUAUGGCACAUAUAUCUGUAGAAUAUACUGUCAGUUCUUCAAAGCAUGGGCAUUGGUGCAUUAAUAACAGUAAUCUAUAAUUAAUCAACUUGUUAUUUCUGAAGAAAACAAAGUACAGCACUCCAUAUACUUCCUGGGGUAAAUUCAAGAGUUAAAACAGAAGCAGGAGCUUCUGGAAGAGUUUUUAGUAUUGCUUGAACAAUGCUGUGGUUCUGAUCUUGGUUCAACUCUAACAAAUAACGCUGUGGUUCAAAGUUUAACUUUAAAUACUUAAAGCCAGUUUCUAAAGUUGCUCUUUCUAGUGUUCUUUGCCAAAACCUUUGAAUGAGUUGAUUUUAACAUGGAAUAAAUUAAUAAAAGGAGAUGUAUGAGUUUAACAUGUGAGGAUUAUAGGAACACCUUCAACUGACAGUUCAAUUGCAUUUGUUUGCAUUAUCUACUUGUAUGUGUAGGACUCACAGUAAGGAUAUCAAGAUAUUUCUCACAAUCUACCUAAGUGAAAGCCUGAAAAUAAAAAAUGACCAAGACAGUUAUCACUAUUUUUUUAAAAAAUGGUAAUAGAAAUUCAAAGAUAGAUAACUUUUUACCUUGUAGAUUGGAUUUGGUCAGAUUCUCAGGAUCACAUACAGGUUGGAGAAUAUAUUCUUUAAAGAUUAAAAGCACACGAAUUAUUCAAAUUUCAAUGUCAGAGCUGCUAUUGAUUUUAGAUUUACGUAAAAAUGUGCACCUAAAUCUAUUUGGAACCCUUAAUAUGGGUUUUAUUUUUUUUAAAGACUUUGUUAAUGUGGACAGGGUUUCAAUAAAGUCUUUAAAAGAUAACUUUAAAGAUAAAGAUUUGGUAUAUCAGUUUCUGAAGGCAGAAAUCGUCUAUUAUGUAACUUUACUGAGAUUAAGGAAACUACGCUUCUGGGUGUCAUAAGGGUAACUAUUGUAAAAACCACACAAAUAGUCCUGGCUGGUGUGGCUCAGUGGAUUGAGAGUUGACCUGCAAACAAAAGAGUUGGUCACUGGUUCGAUCUCCAGUCAGGGCACCUGCCUGGAUUGUGGGCCAGGUCCCCAGUUGGGGGUAUGCGAGAAGCAACCACACAUUGAUGUUUCUCUCCCUCUCUUUCUCCCUCCCUUCCCCUCUGCCUAAAAAUAAAUAAAUAAAAUCUUGAACAAAACAAAACAAAAACACACAAAUAACAGUUGCCCAGUUCUCUAUUUCACAGGUUGUACCCAGGUUUAUAUGCCCAUAGAUGGUAGUCCACACUGAGUCUCCGGAAUAGAACAAUUAAUGUUGGAUUUCCUUCCCUAUGUGACUUUGUAAAGUUUGACGGUAUACCUUGAGGAAUUAGCAAAUCAUAUUUAGUGGGUAUUUUAAAUUAAAUCUAUUUUUAUGUGAAAUUAGUUUUGAUUUUUGUAAGUAAAAGAAAUGCUACAGUAGGCUUGUCCUAGCUUGAAUGAUUGUGUAUGCAUCACAUAACCUUCAGGGCUUUUGAUUACUGAUUAAGAAAACUAGAGUGUGUUUGUUUGAAGAUUUAAAAAAUUGUUGUUUUGGAUUUUGUUUUCUGCAAAUGUUUCUAAACUGCAAUGACAUUUUCAAUUAAGAAAGGAUUUUAUUUAGUAUUGGUAAAUUUUUUUCACUCACAAUUAAGCUCCCUUUUGCCAAUGUUUAUAUGUGCGAUGGCAAAAAUAUUCUGAUGCAUCACAGAUUAGCAUUUGAAGCAAACAACUUUUUCUCAACUUGUGGAAAUUUUAUUACACUAAUUGUGAAAAUGCUAGAAAAUAAGACUUUAAAUACCUCUUGACUUUAAAAUAUUACAAGUAAUUUAUGUAUGUUUUGGUCUGCAGUUUUAUUUCUCUUGAGUUUAUAAUAAAAUCUGUUACUUGCAGUGCAGAGUGAGUAUGACAGUACAGUCAGAGUCACCUAGGUGGACACUGAGCAUUUUCCUGCUCAUGCUAUGCAUAAAUCUCCUGUUUAAACCCAAAUGGAAUCAGAGUGACAGAUGGCUAAAAUU